AUGGACCACAUCUCUGAUAACGCCGGACCCUGGCACGUCCACAAUAGGAUGCGAUUGAGAAAGCCGCACCUUAAAGACAAUCUCCCAACUCAGUUAUGUCUUCUAUGCAAUCGGGCUUUCUGCGUCGACCACAAGGGGAAGCAGGAGGGCGUCUGUGAGAUCAACCAUGAGACCUACUACCGUAACCAUCCGGGGGAUCAGAAGUACUUAUAUCGAAGUUAUGAGGAUUGGGAGAAGGAUUGUUAUCAGCAAAUGGUUGAUGAGGCGUCGGGGGAUGAUGGGGAGAUGGUGGUUGGGAGAAAAGAAAACAGUAGGAAGGCGGAGGUAGAGGGGGCGAAGGACGAAGGCAACAGGUUGGAUAAGGGGCAGGAUUGA